CGGCGGACGGUGGGUUCCGCCCAGCGCGCGCCGGGGCGGUGGGGGGGCGGUUCAAGGCGCUUCCGUGUUGCGGCUGCUUCACCGUCACCGGGAGACGGAAAUGUUCCGAGUGGUCGGCAGCUGGUUCGGCCUGGACGGGGCCCAGGACAGGCCGGGCCGACAGAACAGAGCCGGCGGCGAUGGCGAUGGCGGUGGUGGUGGUGGUGGUGACGGUGACGAUGGUGACUGGCAGAGGGACGGAGCAGAAGAGGCCGGCGGAGACUCGGCCCCUGAGAUGCUGAGUCAGGCCAAGGGGCUGGGUGAUUAUCUGUUCAGUUUUGCCACUGCUGCUACCAAAAAGAUAUCUGAAUCCAUGGUUGAGACCGCACAGACUAUUAAGAAAUCUGUAGAAGAUGGAAAUAUUGAUGGUGUGAUUGACAAGACCAUUAUUGGAGAUUUCAAAAAAGAACAAGACAAAUUUGUACAAGAAAAAUUGACGAAGAAAACAGAUGCUGCAGUACCUCCAUGGGUUGGAUAUAGUGAAGAAGAAGCUAUUCAACAGCAAAUCUUAGCCUUAUCAGCAGAGAGGAGGAAUUUUUUGCGAGAUCCACCAGCAGGAGUCCAGUUUAAUUUUGAUUUUGAUCAGAUGUAUCCUGUUGCUGUUGUAAUGCUGCAGGAAGAUGAACUUCUUAACAGAAUGCGAUUCGACCUUGUUCCAAAGUUUGUGAAGGAAGAAGUAUUCUGGAGAAACUAUUUCUACAGAGUGUCACUUAUCAAACAGUCAGCACAGCUUACUGCCCUGGCUGCUCAACAGCAAACAGUUGACCAAGGAGACAGAGAUGAUAGCAGUACAGAUGAUGCCCAUUUGACAGAAACAAGGUCAAAAACACCACCUUUUGCUAUCCAAACUCAGGCAAAAUCAUGUGAGGAGGAAGAGGAAAUUUCCACAAGUCCGGGAGCUACAGAAUUUAUUAGUGACGCAUACGAUGCAUGCAAUCUGAACCAAGAGGAUCUGCGGAAAGAAAUUGAGCAGCUGGUGUUGGAUAAAAAAGAGGAUGUUACAAAAGAAGCAUCUGCUGACUGGGAAGAGGAACUGCAACAAGAACUUCAGGAUUAUGAGGUGGUGGUUGAGGCAGAAAAAACAGAUGAAAAUUGGGAUAAGGAAAUUGAAGACUUGUUGCAAGCAGAUGGUUGACUUGAGCAUUGUGUUGCACAUCUUUCCCCAGCACAUAACCAGCAUGACUGGCAUGAACCUCAAAUUCUCUUCACAAUAUGUCAUCUGAGAAGAUAAGCUGUAGGAAUAAUUUUGAAUAAAACGUGCCUUGCUGUAUGCCUCUUCUGCAAUUUGGAGUAAUUUACUCUUUUUCAGUUAUAGGUGGACUAGCAAGGUUAGAUUUCCAGUCCUAGGAUUUAUGCAUUUUAUGUUUAUACCUAGACAUUAGUACUUUAAUCCAUUCCGUGCAGAUGUACCAGUGAUUUAUAGCUGAAUAUGCAAAAAUCUGACUGGAGCAAGUAAAAUUCUGAUGCGAGCAUAGGAUUUCAGUGUGCUUUCUCUUUAACCUCCAUCAUGUAAUAAAGAACUAAAGGAGGCAUAGCUUUCUUCACAAGCUAGUUAUGAACUUGGCAGAAUUCAACUAUACUAAAUUAUAUAUGGUAUUGCUACACAGAAGAGGUGACCAUAUACUUUGUUAAAAGUUUUCUGUUGUGAAAAACAUAGAUUCAGACUAGGUUAAAAUAAUCUAAAUUGACUGUUUACUAAUAGUUUAUUGAUUUGGAACACACUAAUCCAAGUCUUUUCCAUUAGUUAGCACAAGGAACCAAAGUUUUUUUUUUAAAAACUCUUUGCAGAUAAAACAAUCUUUCCAUAUUCCUUAUGUUUAUCUAAUAAAUAUUGUUAGUAAUAGUCACCUAAUUAUAGGGGAUUUUGCAAAAUUCGUUUUUGAAUACGAAAUAGCAUUUUAAAAAUUCAAAAAGCAUUGAAAAUUGUACAAAUGUUUGCCAUUUCAUAUUUGCCAAGAAACACUAAUCACCUUACUUGCAGGCCUGGAAAUAUAGAUGUGUUUAUAAUUUUGCUUGGUUAUUUAUAUUUUUGUGAAACAAAUCCAAAAUGUCUAUCAAUAUUGAUUCUGGAGGCUGAUUAAACGAUUAAAGAAGUCUUUUUCACAAUACUCUCCUAUAAUAUUUAUGACUUCAAAGACAAAUAUAUUCUCUCAACUGCCACCCAAACUUAAAUGUCAUGCAAGAUAUUUCCUCAUUUACCCAUAAUUCAGUCACCUGCUGCCCUGUUUUAGAUGACCUGUUAAUCGACAUCGUGAAGUUAAUGCCCUAUCAUGUCAUGAUUGGGAAUAGCAAUUUCCCAUUUUAAUCACAGAUGGGGAAAUCCUACAAAAUGUCUACUUCCAGGCUAAUUCUAGCCAAUAGUUACAAUGUGUAGCGGUGUGCAGGUGGCUUAAAACUGCUAAAAUAUAGGGCAAAUGAGUUAUCAUCAUAGAUUGGUCUUUCAUUACCACCAGGUCUGGGUUGUGUAUGGCUCUCUUCAAAAUAAAUAGAAUUUUGAGCUAUUUCAGUAAAAUGCAGUUUUAAUAUAUCAUGCUGGUUCAGGAUUCGGUAAAUGCUUAAGUACUUGAUUUGUUUUUAAGUUACGCAAAGUUUUUUUCCAGGCUAAAUGUAACAUGAAUUUCCCAUGUAUUAUUUAAAUCUUAAUAAAUUAGAUUUUCUUUAGAUUAA